CAAAGAUAAAAACGAAUUUAGUUGAUUUUUUAAAGAAAACAAAGUUGCAGCAGCCAAAUAAAUUAUAUAAAAAUGAAAACUUUUAUGAUAUUGUGCAUUGCUUUAAUCUGCUGCUUGUGUUUGGCAUUUGCUGCCCCCGUGGAAAACAGUCCCGGUGUGCAAUUCUUAAAAUACACCGAUGACAAGGAUUUUGAAGAAAUUCAAAAACAAAUUAUUGCUCAAUAUGAAAAUUUAGGCGGCACAUCCCAAGUUCAUCAUGUCCAAACUGCCACUAUUGUAGAUCCCAAUAAUUUGAAGAUUAACAUUUAAAUUUCUGUUUCAAUUACAAAAAAAUGUUUACGUGACUGAUUAAUUAAUAUUCAUAAUUAAAAAAUAAUAUUUAAAACAAAUUGCAUAAGAACUAGUUUUUGUUAAAAAAAGAAAUCGGUGUUUCCGGAAAUAUAUGUUUAAAAAGAAUUUAAUGUGUUUUCUAUCUAUAACACAAUAAAUAAUACGUCAGCAAAUUUAAAGCAAAAUUA